GGCUCUCCCACGCGGCACGGUACCACGGCCGGAGCUCACUGACCAGUGGCGCCGGCCGUUCGGCUGCAGCGCGUGCCGCGUCAGUGUCCAUCUGUGCCCGUCUGAGGCUGCCUCUGAUACCUACAGCACGUCCAUCCGCCGCCCUGCCCACUGCACUGGUCACAGGAGAUCGGCUGUGUCCGGAGUCGGACAGGCGGAGCCAUGGCUGCCGGCGGUCAGCUGUGGAUCCUCUACUGCUGCCUUCUGCUGACGACGCAUUUGACCGACGCUGGCAAGGGACGGAAGAAGGGUAACGGCGUGAAGGGCUUCCUGUCGGAGUUGCAGACGGUGCUGGACAGCCGGAAGACCAAUAUGGCCAGGAUGGAGGGCUGCGGAGUGGACAAGGUGGGUGCCGAGUGUGAGCGCGCCACCGCCGACGACGACGGGCCCGUGCGACCCGACGAGAAACGCAUCCGGGCCGCCAUGAUCCCCAAGAGCGAGCGCGAGGCCGUGUCGAGCAGCGGUCGGAUCGUCAACUCCGAUGCUGAGGAGGAGCCGGCCGAACGGCAGAUAUUCCUGCCGCCGGGGGCGACCGCAGCCGGCGGCCAGUCGAAGGCCACCACGAGGAUGUUGUACAGUAAUAUGGCCCAAGAUCUCGGCGGAAGUGUGUCAGGUGCAUCUCUGGCAAGAGACGCCGGAGGCGUUUCAGUUGCCAAAGCGAAGAAAGGUCCGUGUCGCACCCGUAACGGAAUGUUUCCGCACAAGAACCCGACACGCUACUACCACUGUACCGGCGGCCGGUACGUCGUGAAGAAGUGUGCCAAAGGGCUGGCGUUCGACGCCAAAUUGCAGUACUGCACACCGGCAAAGUCGCCAGGGCUGACCGGACGGAGCGCGGCCGGCGCCAUCCAGAAAGGCGUGGCGACGCUCGCUGCCAAAGGACAGGGAGCUGUUGCGGACGCGGUAAGCAGCGGGACUGGCAACUUGCUCCUGCAGGCCCGGAACAACAUAAGGAAGCUCCAGCCAUCCGAACAACACAUCGAGAGCAACGUGCAGCGGGCCAUGAAAGAUAGAAAACGUGGCUGUUUCUGCUCCGUGACCCCCACACGGCGGCCGUGGGAGGCGCGGUACGCCACGGUCGACCAGUGCUGGCUGGAGGCGCUGCGGCGCGGCGUGCGCUAUCUCCUCGUCGGCACCGGCGGUUGUCAGUUCUGGAGCAGCGUGGCGCCGCUCACCAUCGGCUCGUGCACCGACGCCGCCUACCACAUCAUCGACGUCACCUUCUUCCAGAAGGACCUGGCGCGCCUCCAGCCAGACAUGCAGUUCUGGGUGUCAGCCCGCUCCCCGUCCGACGUCAUCUGGGGCACCGUGUCCAACAUCGCCUACAAGCCACUGGACAUCAGAGGCUGCGGCGAGCUCUGCUACAAGUUCGGCCAGGACUUCGCCAGGGUCGACUAUCGCGGCUGCCGGUGCGGUAUGGCCGGCCGGCAGACGGUGACCAUCCCGCAGGAGGACCUGGCCUACCUGCGCCGUCGCCAGGCCGCGCUGGACCCCGGCUUCACGGUGCAGCUGCAGCCGGCCGGCCUGGCCGACUGGGAGUGCACGGCCGCGCCGGCCCACUUUGUGCGCGUCACGGCCGCCGAGAGUCUACAGGAGGCACUCAUCGCCUGCCGCGAGCGGCGCUUCAAGUUCCUCACGCCGGGAAAGGACGGUUUCUACUGCGGCAACAGCACGGCCAACCUGGAGCGUUUCUCGCGCACCCAGUGCCAGAUGAACGUUACCACCACGCGCGCCUAUUCUGUGCUCAGCAUCCAGGCCGUCGAGCGGCAGAUCGUCAUGGUCGAAAACACCGUGUACGACUACGUGUUCUGGUGGGUGUCGAGCCGGUCGCCGGGCGUCUUCUGGACCUCGCUGCUCGGCAUCACCCAGCUGGAGCAGUGUGUGCUCAACUGUGACCGGCGCUUCGUCGCCGUCGGACCGGAGGGCUGCUUCUGUGGUAGCCUGCGAGAGGGCGUCACCAACGUGCACGUCAACGAGUGGGUGGUCAAAAGCGCCAACGCUCCACACAACCCCUCGCAAGGAUACCUGAUGCUCGACAAACGCGGCUUCGUCAACGUUCCUGAGGGCUGGCACUGCACCAGUGAGCCCAAACAUUGGAAGAUCUAUUCCAGGAUGGUUUUCUUCGACCAGUGUAUGAAGCUUUGCAAGGACGACAAAAAAGAGUAUGCAGCUUUUGGAAGACUGGGCUGUCUGUGCGGGAGCAGUCAGGACGGCCAGCUGCGGCGGCUGCCGAUGGCCCGCUGUCAGGACGCUGGUGACGACUCGAAGGCCUACUCACUGCUGUCGGUUGACGUCUGGACCAGGAACGUCGCCACCGUCACCGCCCAACCGGAACACCAGCGGGUCUGCUGGGUGGGACAGCGGCCAAGCGGCGUUCAGUGGGAGGUGCAGCCGGGAGCGAACGUCCUAGAGCAGUGCGUCAACACGUGUAACGACCAGAGAGGCGUCAGCCUCAUCAUACUCGGAGUGAAUGGUUGCGAGUGCGGCUUCGGAUCGCCAAAUGUCAAGACAGAUAAGCUCUGCAAUCCGCUGGUGAAAAACGCUCGCGUUUUCUUACUCGUCCACAGAAAGCAAGCCUCCAAAGGUUACGUUCCACCGAAGUUUGAAUGGAUCGUGAAGGCGAACCUCACCAAGACGGACCAAGAUCUGAACGUCAGCGUCCAGCCGUGGAUCAAACUGACCGUCAAGAACACGAACCAGACCCGCUCUCGGACGAUCCGCGGCGGCUUCUUUGUGCAGACGCAGUCGGCCGACCAGGCGCGUACCAACGGCCCCGACUUCUCAUCGGUGGUGGACGGGCGCAACUUCUCCGUCACAGACGUGCAGGACGUCACCGUCAUCACCCAGAACUCCAGCAACCUCACCAGAGACGGUUCGGUCCAAGGUGGACAGAUAGGAACUGCAGACCUCACCUCUCAAAAACUAGUACAGAAAGAACGUAGCGAACAGGAUCUGAAGACCAGCGAGCAACACAACAUCAAAGCUGGACGGAACGAGAUCUCUGUCAACUCUGUGAAGGACAGCAACCUGACUAUGGACGAGGAGCUGCGAGAUCAGCUCACUGUCGACGGCUACAAGAAACAAUACGUGAAGGGCCACCGGACCACGCAGACCGCGUCCAGCUUCACCAACGAUGUAGACGAGAACGCCAUUCGCUCCACGCGAGUCACGUCGGACAUGCUGAAGAAGGAUCUGCUAGUGAACCAAACAUUCGGAGACUCGAUGUCAAUGGAUGUGCGCAUGAAUCGACAGAACAAUAAGAUAAACAAGGCCACCGAGCGAAACGAGGGAAGAUCCGUCAUAUUGGAGAUUCACGUGGAGGGCCAGUGCUAUGACGGGCCGGCCAACUGGACCGGGUGGACGCGAGACUCGGCCGCUCGCGGAUCGCCCUUCACCUGCCUAUGCUCCUGUCUCAUGGACAAAAAACUCUUCUACGCAAUAUAUGACGGCGGCAACUGUUUCUGCUCGUCUGAGGGCGGCCAGUUCGGUAACGACAUGGGCGUCAUCACGACGAACGGCGAGUGUCCCGACGGGGGACGGAGCGUCUACGACGGCAUGCAGCACACACAGCACCUGGGCCGCUUCUGCCGCGGCCGACAGCAUACGAGCAUCCAACAGUUCUUACAAAAGGCACAAAAUCAAGGAAACAAGGUUGUGCAGUUUAAGAACAGUGAACUGAUGGAGGCCAAUAUCAACUCCAGCAGCAUUCGAGGGACCCAUCUGAACAGCACCGACACAGCGGCGGCCAAAACGGUGCUCCGCUGGCACGGCAAGGAGGGCGUCACCCGCGACAGGUGGAAGUCGCGCUUCGUCAAAGGUCUGCUGCGUAACCUGUACGGUCUGCGGCUGCACGUGCACCGCCGCCAGGACUACAUCGAGCGCAUGAACCUGACCACGCGCGAGCACGUGCGCACCACGCACUCGCAGCGCGGCGUGCCGUUCGCCAGCGGCGACGCGUACACGCUGCGGGCCAGCAGCAGCUCUACAGCCAGCGAGCAGGGCGGCCGGCUGCGGCUGCUGUCGGGCAGCGGCGGCACCACGGACAGCGGCGGGCCGGCCUCACUGCUCGGCACGGCUACAAAGACGGUCACAGAGCCGCUGGUGAAGGCCAGAGAAGCCGUGACGAACACGGCCACGUCCCUGCUACGCUCCGCCGGCUGAGCGCGCCGAGUCGGUCGGCCCGCGCGGCUCCACAGCUACACAUGGAUGGGGCGUGACCCUCCAAUAUGUAAACGGAAUAAAGUGAUAACCGAAAAUGUUCGUCCGACGUAUCGUUUAAAAAGAUCAGUGGCUGUACUGAAAAAGUUUUGAUUGUGACAGUUUAUGAACGGUGUUUUAUAUAAACCUUUUGCUGAACUUCGUUCAUGCGACGCGUUCAAUAGCGAUCAAAGACAAUCAGCUGCCUACUGUAUUGAAUGGGGCUUUAUUGUGAUUUUUUUUUCAUCAAUCAGUGCCUUCCUCUAUUAAGUCGGAAAAUAUAUUAAUAAACGUACACCGAUAGUA